CUUGUAUUUAUGAUUAUAAUAAAUAUUAGAAUAUUUAAAAUAAUAUUUGAAUACUAUUUAAAUAAACUACAAAAAUGGCAAUGAAUUUAACGAUAAUUCUACACUGCCUUACAUUCACUAUACUGAUCAUGGCAUUUAAAUUUGGCCAUGCUCAAAAGUCCGACAAAAAUUCUUGCAAAACUGGUACCGAUAGUAUUGACACGUGUUUCAUGAAUUUGUUAUUGUUUGGCGACCCGAAGUACGUAUUUCCCGAAAAUAUGACCUCGAUGAACACACAUUGCCGGCAAAUCAAAACGUACGACAAAUGUAUUAAGGAAUACACUAAUAAGUGUCUAGCACCAUUUCCCAAACAAGUAUCUAAUGUACUCGCAUAUGGUGGACUUAAAACACACAAAGCAUAUUGUGCAACUAAAAGGCGCAAGGAAUCAUUUACUUCAGUAGGAAAGUGCGCCAACAAGAUUAAACGCCUCGGCGAUAACUGUAUGUACACUUUCAUUGACGAAAUACAGGGCUCUGAAAACUACCCUGAUGUUAAAAUGAAAUUACCGUUGGUAUGCUGCAAUUUCUACAAGUUCAAAGAAUGCAUAAUCAACCAUGGUACAAAAGUGGGCGAACCCUUGUGUAAGGAAUCACAUAUCGAGGAGACGGAGCGUAUUAUUGGCGGUUACGCUAAUGAUGUGUUGGCAUUGGUUUGCGGCGACUAUACGGAGGACUCGGAUAAAUGUGGUAAAAUUUUGCCCAAAACUCCCAAAAAGUUACCAUCGCAAAAACGGCCCAAAUCAAUUAUAUUGCCCUUUAUCAACAUAUUGGCCUCGGUGCCUCAAAAGUGA